GUCCAGCCCACCAUCUUCAGUUCUUGCUUUCUCGAGCCAGCGGAUCCCCUUUCUUAAGCUUAUUUUGCAUGCGCCUUGUCUCAGAGAUCAGACUGAUGCAGGGCCAAGCCUGUCAUGUCAAUACUCCACGAUCCUACCGUCGUGCGCACCCAGUGCAAUAGUAAAUCCAAGCGACGCCCAACCGAAGCCGCGACCCGAGAUGCGGCUGGCGGGUCCCGGCGGUCUCUCUUCAAGUCCAUCUCUGUUCCGUCCCUGUCGUCCUUUGUCAAGAGCUCUUUGUUGUGGGCUGGGGAUACCCUGAAUUACCAGAUAGAUGGUCUGACCGCCGAGCAGCGCAAGUCGCGCAUUGACAUGCAAGACCGGAAGCAAGUUCUUUACCUGAAAAAGCGAAAUGCUGUGACGUAUGAAGAAUGGCGGAAUUGUGCCAGCGAAUUAGACGAAUUGGAAGAGCACACGGUUUGGAAACAAACCCUCGAGUCACCUGACUACGACGUCCGUCUGGUUCAAGAGCGUCUCAAGCAACUGGAGGACGCCCGGGUCAGUUGCGAUGUCAGCAGGAUGUUGUAUCUGAUUCGCACAUCUUUCAGCCGCGACUUGGGAAACAUGAGUAAUGCCUCACUUUACCGGUAUUCCCACCUGGGCACGAAAAACUUGAUAGACGAAUACAUCACCACUGCUCUGAAUACGAUAUCUUCGCUGGUCGAGUUAUCGGGACAAAAUCGGUGCGAUGGCCUAGAAACUAAAUACAUCCUCGACCAACUGCUCGCAGCGAGGCAAGCGUUCGGACGCAGCGCGUUGCUGUUCUCGGGUGGAGCGACUUUCGGCAUGAAUCACAUCGGCGUACUCAAAGCUCUCUGGGAGGCAAAUCUCUUACCUCGAAUCAUUUCAGGUGCGUCAGCAGGCAGCAUCGUGUGUGCAGUAUUCUGUACGCGGUCUGAGGACGAGCUUCCGGCUCUUCUUGAGUCCUUUGCGUACGGUGAUUUUGCUGUCUUUGGUCCCGAAAGCGAAACAGACAACAUAUUACACAAGACAGCGCGGUUCCUGAAAUAUGGGUCAUUUCUGGAUAUCUCUCAUCUGGCUAGAAUCAUGAGGAACUGGCUUGGCGAUAUAACGUUUCAAGAAGCGUACAAUAGGACGCGGCGAAUUCUCAACAUCUGCGUCUCUAGCGCGGGGAUCUAUGAACUUCCCAAGUUGUUGAACUACAUCACUGCACCAAACGUGUUGAUUUGGUCCGCUGUUGCUGUUUCCUGUUCAGUGCCCGUGGUCUUUUCACCAUCGGAGCUCAUGGCCAAAGAUCCACGAACGGGAGAGCCAACGCCCUGGCACGACUUGCACAAACAGUACAUCGAUGGCUCGGUAGAUGGCGAUCUGCCGAUUAGCCGACUCGCGGAAAUGUUCAACGUCAACCACUUCAUUGUUUCGCAGGUUAAUCCUCAUGUCGUCCCAUUUCUGCCGAGGGAUGAUGGUCCGGAUCAGCACGAGCAAACGCCCUUCACUGCCUCCAAGUGGCUUCAUACCGCCACUCAUCUGGCCAAAGAUGAGAUCAUGUACCGCCUGACAGUUCUCUCAGACAUGGGGAUCUGUCCGACCUCCUUGACAAAGACUAUGUCAAUAGUGAACCAGAAGUAUUCUGGCGAUAUCAAUAUCUACCCUGAGAUAUUGUAUAGCAAUUUCCCUGUGAUGCUGAAAAAUCCGAACACAGAGUUCAUGCUUCAAGCAUGCCUGAGUGGGGAGCGUGCAACAUGGCCUAAGCUCGGGCGCAUUCGAAACCAUUGCGCCAUAGAAUUGGCCUUGGACAUGGCGGUGCAGAAGAUGCGAGCACGAGUGACAUUUUGUCCUGCCAAGGUCAGAGUCAUGCCCGAGGGUUUCCUCAGCCACUCGAUCGGAUCGCUAGAUAGCACUGGAGGCCGUGGACGGAUGCUCAACCGACGGAGUUCGUAUAACCAUGAGUUGGAGCGAAGGAGGCCCAUCAAGCAUCAUACCAGCAAUCAAAUCGUACCACAAUUACAGAGAUCUCGAAGCGUGUACGGGUCAGAUCAAUCGCAGAGCAUGGAUUUUAUAACCUCAGCGGCCCGAGAUCGCCGUCUCCACCAACGCACGGAAGCCCACCAUGGAAUAUCUCCCCAUGCUGGCGAGGACUCUCAUUCCACGGAAUCUGAUAGCGGGGAAGAAACAAUGGCUUCAUACUCCGAACAGCCCCAGGUGAGCAAACCGUGGCAAUUCUGGGAGCCAUGCUCUCAGGACCACCCAUAUUCCUGGAUGGCUUCCUCCAAGAGUGGUUCGCAAUCUCCACAGUCGACGCCUGGUUCUUCGUCCUCGUCUGGCAACUCUGUACGAUCACCGCUUUACGGGCUUGCCGUUCGUUCGCCGGAAUAUGCAUCCUGUGGGAUGCACGAGAUGUCGUUAUCUCCUUCCGGCUCCCUGCUACGAAUGACGCCGACUUCCCAUGUCAAAACCUCUAGGUCCUCUCGAAUAUGAAUGGCAGCGUACAGACAAUUAACAUGUCCUAGAUACACUCCACAAUCCUCAAUAUUGCUUCUUGCUGUUUUUCCCCUUUCCAAAAAUCUUUUUUUUUGUGAUUGCAUAGUAUCGGCAACCUUGGGCCGACCUACAUUUCCCC